CGGUUUUAAAAUGGCGUACAUCUAAUAACGUUUACUUUUUUAUCUCUAUACGGGAGAAUUGGCCGAUCAUAAUAUCUUUAUAAUGAAAAAAAAGAAAUAUUAAAUUGUGUAUAAUGCAUUUUUAUUGUCACAUAUUUAAUAUCAAAGAUAUAUAAACGUGUGAUUUUUUUAAUUUAUUAUUUAUCUUUAACAUUGAUAAUUGCAACGGAUUUGAUGAAUUGGAAUCUUAUUUUCAUAACCUCUUCGAAGAGAAGUUAACAUUUAUUAUCAAAUUUUAUCAACUGUUUUAAAUUGUCACAAAUAUUGUAAAUAUAUAUUAAUACUCAAAAUGACUACAUCUUAUACACUAGGAAGUGAUAUCGUACAUUUAAAUGUAGGAGGAACUAGGUUUUCUACGUCUCAACAAACUUUGACGUGGAUACCUGAUUCGUUUUUUACAGCUUUACUGAGUAAUCGAAUUGCCAGUCAUCAAGAUUUAGAUGGUGCAUUAUUUAUUGAUAGAGAUCCUCGAAUGUUUUCUAUAAUUUUAAAUUAUUUACGUACAAAGGAUAUUAAUUUAAAAAAUGUUGAUAUUCGUUCUUUAAGACACGAAGCAGAAUAUUAUGGUAUUACACCAUUGGUUAAGCGAUUAAUGUUAUGCGAAGAUUUAACUCAGUCUUCUUGUGGUGAUGUGCUUUUCUCUGGUUAUUUACCACCACCUGGUAUUCCAUUACAAGAGUCAGCAACAGUUCCUCCAAACGUCAGUGACGUCUCCGUUCAUGGUAGAGCUGUAACAACGACUUUAACGCCUAGGACAGAUACAGCUACUACUUCACAAUCUGUAGUAUCUUCUUCGUGUCCUUGUAAUCAAAAUACAAAUGGACAACAAAAUCAUAAGAGACCAAUAACUUCUCAUGUGCGCAAUUCAUCAUUAGAUUAUAGACUUUCUCAACGUGGAUUACCUCAUUCACGAACUCCAUCUUUAGAUUUGAGACAUAUUCGAAAUAAUUCAGCAGAUUUAAAUAAAUUGUACAAAAAUGAUGUUGGUGUAAUAUUUGGACCUCAACAGGUUUCAGCUUGGGUAGAUCCUUUAAGAGUGCAAAUUAUAAAAGCACAUCAUAAUUGGAUUGUUGUUGCUUAUGCACAUUUUAUAACAUGUUAUCGAUUAAAAGAUUCAUCUGGAUGGCAGCAUGCAUUUACAAGUCCACACAUUGAAUCUAUAAUCGAACGAGUAGCAAUAAAUGCAAAAAUAGGUAGUGGAGUAGAUGGUAAAAUGGUAGCUAUUUCUUAUGGGAAUCAAGUGAGAUUAUGGAGUGUUUCCGAAUAUGGAAUUAAAACAAAUAUUGGUACUUUUAAUUUGAAUGUCCGUGUGGAAUAUUUAUUUUUUAUUGGUAGUCAAUUGGUUGCUCUAUCACCAACUGGAAAGAUUGGUGUGUGGCAUGCGAUGACACAUCAUUGGCAAAUUCAAGAUGUAGAACCUAUUUUGUCAUUUGACACUGCCGGCACGUUUCUUCUUCUUGGUUGUAACAAUGGCUCUAUUUAUUAUAUUGAUAUGCAAAAAUUUCCUCUUAGAAUGAAAGAUAAUGAUCUUCUAGUAAGUGAAUUAUAUCGCGAUCCAAGUUAUGAUCCUAUUACAGCCAUAUCUGUCUAUCUAACACCAAAAACAACACAAGGUCUCUGUGGAAAUUGGAUUGAAAUUGCAUACGGUACAGAAUCUGGUAGUGUCAGAGUCAUCGUCCAACAUCCUGAAACUGUUGGGCAUGGACCACAAUUAUUUCAAACAUUCACUGUUCAUCAAAGUAGCGUAACAAAAGUAACAUUAUCAGAGAAAUAUUUAGUUUCUGUUUGUUCUGAAUACAAUCAUGUAAGAACUUGGACAGUGACAAGAUUCCGUGGUAUGAUUUCCACACAACCUGGAUCGACACCUGAAGCAAGUUUUAAAAUAGUAUCUCUAGAAGCGGUUGAACCCUGUGUUAGUUAUUAUGCUGGAAACGAUUUUGGUCCAUUUGGUGAACAAGAUGAUGAACAAGUGUUUGUUCAAAAAGUUGUACCUGAAACCGAUCAAUUAUUCGUACGUUUAGCAUCGAAUGGAAAAAGAGUUUGUGUAAUACAAUCAGUUGAUUGUAGUAUCAUUAGUUCCUUCUAUGUUCACGAAUGCGAAGGAUCUAGUCGAAUGGGCUCCAGGCCUAGACGUUUUAUAUUUACUGGACAUUCUAAUGGCACUAUUCAAAUGUGGGAUUUAACAACAGCUUUGGAUCCAUCCUUUCAUCAAGAUAAAGUAUCAGAUGUAUCUGGUGGACCAACGCCGGAAGAACUUUGGAAAUUGUUAGAUCAAUGUGAUUUAAGUAACAGUCAUUGCUCUACACCAUGUAUUAGUCCGUGUCCAUCACUUGCAGGUGUAGGUGCAAGAAUUAAAACAAGUAAUGUUUUAUUUCUUAAUCAAUCACAUAACUCUGAGGCAGUAGCUGGAUCUAGCCAACAACAAUAGAUUCUAUAAAAAGAACAUUUUUUAUCAUUAUAUUAAGUUACUUAAUUUGUAUGACUUUUUCUACUUUGCAUAUUUUAACAAAUUAAUGCGCAUUUAUAUAUAUAUAUAUUUAUAUAUAUAUAUAUAUAUAUAUAUAUAUAUAUAUAUAUAUAUAUAUAUAUGUAUGUAUUUAUUAUUUAUAAUUGUGAAGAUUAAGUAAUUAUAGCUAUAGUUCCUAUUUCAAAGCCAUUGGCUGAUAACUCUUUGUUUAUUGUACAGUAUAUUAAAAUAAUAACGCGCAGAACUGAUUAUGUUUUAAGAAAAAAAAAUUAUUUUGCAUUUUCAUGGAAUUUCAAAACUUACUCUA